CAGGACGUAGAAGGUGAAGGUCUCACACUCGCCGGCUUGACGAAGUGCAUAGCAGAGGUGCUUUGAAUUUGUCCCAUUGAAACUUUAGGUACACCUUGGUUUUAAUUCAUCAACCAGUUACUGUCAUCAUGAGUGUAUACCACAGACCCGAUGCCAAUAAGGUCCAACUUCUGAAGGAUAUUGCAAAUAAACUGAGAGUACAUAGUAUCAACACUACUAGCACGUGUAAUUCGGGACAUCCUACAUCAUGUUGUUCUGCUGCAGAAAUCUUCUCUGUGUUAUUCUUCAACACCAUGAAAUACAAGGUGGAAGUACCAAAAGAUCCGUCAAAUGAUAGAUUUGUUUUAUCAAAGGGCCAUGCUUGUCCAAUCCUGUACGCAGCAUGGGCUGAGGUUGGUCUCUUCCCUACAUCUGAUUUACUGAAUCUACGUAAAUUGUCAUCUGAUCUUGAAGGACAUCCUACCCCACGAUUGAACUUUAUAGACGUAGCUACUGGUUCACUUGGCAUGGGUUUAAGUUUCGCAGCAGGAAUGGCUUACACUGGAAAAUAUAUUGAUAAAACUGAUUAUCGUGUCUUUGCCUUGAUGGGUGAUGGAGAAAGUGCUGAAGGUUCUAUUUGGGAAGCCAUGGCCUUUUCUAGUCAUUAUAAACUAGAUAAUUUAGUAGCCAUCUUUGAUGUCAACCGUCUAGGUCAGAGUGAUCCAACUAGUCUACAACAUGAUGUGGAAACAUACAGAAAGAGAGCAGAAGCCUUUGGAUUUAAUACCUACGUAUUGGACGGCCAUGAUGUAUGUGAGCUAGUGAAGGCUUUUCACAGUGCUGAAUCUGUUAAAGACAAACCCACCUGUAUUAUAGCUAAAACAUUUAAAGGAAAGGGAAUACAGGGGAUUGAGGAUGAACUGAAUUGGCAUGGUAAACCAUUAGGUGGUAAAUCUGAACAAGCCAUGGCAGAAAUUCAGGCAUUAAUACAGAAUAAUGGUCCUUAUAACAUAGUCCCAGCACAACCUCUUAAUGAUGUACCAAAAGUUGAUAUAUCCAAUAUUAGACUUUCUGAACCACCAGCAUAUAGUGAACCAACUGCAUGUAGAGCGGCAUAUGGAAAGGCCAUUGCUAAAUUAGGCAGCGCAAACAGCCGAGUUAUUGCCAUGGAUGGAGAUACUAAAAAUUCUACCUAUGCUCAAAAGUUGAUGGACAUUAGACCAAAUCAGUAUGUAGAAUGUUUUAUUGCUGAACAGAAUCUAGUAGGUGUGGGAAUUGGAACAGCAACCAGGGACAGAGCAGUAGUUUUCCUCAGUACCUUCGCAGCUUUCUUCAGUAGAGCCUUUGAUCAAAUUAGAAUGGGAGCCAUUUCACAAACAAAUGCUAAUUUUGUUGGAUCUCAUGCUGGUGUUUCUAUAGGUGAAGAUGGACCAUCUCAGAUGGCUUUGGAGGAUUUGUCCAUGUUUGCCAGUAUUCCUGGUUCAACUGUAUUUUAUCCAAGUGAAGCUGUCUCUACUGAACGAGCUGUAGAACUAGCUGCUAAUACGAAAGGAAUUUGCUUUAUUAGAAGCAGUCGACCUAAUGUUCCAAUAUUAUAUGACCAGAAUGAAAAGUUUGAAAUUGGUAAAGCUAAGGUGAUAAGACAGAGUCCUGAUGAUAAAGUCACCAUUAUUGGAGCUUGUGUAACUUUAUUUGAAGCUGUCAAAGCUGCUGAUGAGUUGGCAAAGACCGGGGUCAAUGUAAGAAUUAUCGAUCCUUUCACCAUAAAGCCCCUUGAUGCAGCCUGUAUCAUAGAAAAUGCUCGAGCUACAGGAGGUAGAAUCAUUACAGUUGAAGAUCAUUACCCUGAAGGCGGAAUUGGUAGUGCUGUCGCAUCCGCAGUUAGUGAAUGUCGAGAUAUAAUUGUGCGUAAACUUGCUGUCAAUCAAAUUCCAAGAAGUGGAAAGAGUGCAGAGCUUAUUGAAAAAUAUGGAAUUGGUUGUUCAAGUAUAGUUAAAGCUGUCAACCAAAUCAUGAGCUUAUAAAGAAAAUUAAAAUUUCAGAUGUACAUGUAUUAAAUUUAUACCAACAUUUCUUUCACAUUUCCUCCCCUUUUUUUUGUAGAUCCAAAAACUUUAUUAAGCAUAUAUUUUAUAGUUUAUUUUUAUUGAAUCAAGAAGUAUUUAUACAAACAGCUUUAAUCCAAGUUGCAGACAGAUAUAUAUUUCAUAAAUUUUAAUAUAAAAGUGUUUCUUGUGUUAUCUUGAUUUUUAAAGAUUUAUUAAUGCAUCUCAUUGUUAAAUUAGACAGAAAUUGCAUUUUCUUUGUGGCAUUUUUGGUGCAGAUAUUAGCAAUACUGAUAUGGGUAUCUAUAUAUCAUUUGUAUGUAAUUGUUUUCAUGUUUACUUUCGGUGUCGAUUCUUGACCACAUUCACAGAAUUAUAAUUUCUUAAAAUAUUGACAACAUUUUGGAUAAAAUUCAGGAUGUAGGAUGAUUGACCAGUUUAUGAAAGACCGUAAUGAACUUUAAAUAAAAUUUUUGUGAUUUUAACAUUACCAAGACCGUUUAAGUUACAGGUUCAUUUGUAUCAUGAAGUUAUACUGGUCACAAUAUGGUUUGUUGAUUAGAACAGUAUUUGUUUUGUUAUGAAGUUUGUUUUCUGAUCUGAGGAAAUUGUUCUGUUGAUUUGGUAAAAUAUUUUGAAGCAUUUAUCUGUGUGAAUAUCAAAUAUUCCAAUUAAGAAUUAAAUAUGUAUGAAUGAGGCAUAAAUACUAAUAAUAUGA